AUGAAGAUCCAUUUUGUUCUUGUCACUGUUGCCACAUUUGGCCUUGGCUUUGUCUCUGCUGUAGGCAGUUUCCACCUUCGCCACGCCACCUCGACGAGACGCUAACAGUCUUGGUUUAGACCACUUCUCCAAACGACGAGGCAUUCCUUGAAAUUGGGAGGCGUACUCCACAUGAGUAUGAGGGUGUUAAGCGCACGCCGUCAGAAUGGGCUGAGGUAAACAUUGGCAAAAGAGAGAAUGGUAAGCAUCAGUUUGAUCAGUUCAUGCUGGAGUUUCACUCCUGUAAGAGUGUGGAGAACAUACUAACAGAAGCAAUCUAGGCGAAAAUGAGAAGGGCAAGCGUCAGGAGGACCUUGAGUUAUACUGGAGAUUUCAGGAUCGUGAGAGUGAGGAUGAGCAGGAGGAACACGCGAACAAAAGGGACACUGGCGAAAUAGUAAGGUGAAGCGUCAGCAGGAUGGCAGAACAUACUGGGAGUUUCAUAAACACGAGGAUGAGGAGGAACACGCGAACAAAAGGGACAUUGGCGAAAACAGUAAGGUGAAGCGUCAGCAGGAUGGCAGGACAUACUGGGAGUUCCAUAAACACGAGGAUAAGGAGGAACACGCGAACAAAAGAGAUAUUGGCAAAAACAAUGAGGUGAAGCGCUAA